AUGUCUUUUGGUAGAAGUGCGUGUCUCAACACCGGCCACCAUAUUCCUCUUCUCGGCUACGGAACAUGGCAGUCCGCUCCCGGUGAGGUCGGCGCAGGUGUCUUCGAGGCACUCAAAGCUGGCUAUCGUCAUCUUCAUUCUGAUUCGUGUGCUAGCUAUGGAAAUCAGCGCGAGGUUGGUGAAGGCCUGAAGAAAGCCUUGAAAGAAAUUCCCGGACUGAAGCGAGAGGAUAUAUUUAUAACCUCUAAGCUGUGGAAUCACCACCAUAAGCCAGAACAUGUUGAGAAGUCCCUUGAUAUAAGCUUGAACCAACUUGGGCUUGACUAUCUGGAUCUCUUCCUCAUUCACUGGCCAGUGGCGUUCGAGUAUCGGUCCGAAAAAGACCUCUUCCCUCUCGAUGCAGCAAGCACCUACCCAAAGAAUGACGUCAAAAUCGACGAUUCCACUUCCCUCAUGGACACGUGGAGAGCUAUGACCCAACUUCCCAAGACCAAAGUUAGAAGCGUUGGAGUAUCCAACCACACAAUAGAACAUAUCGAAGCUCUUAUCAAGGGAACUGGGGUCGUCCCAGCAGUGAAUCAAGUUGAGCGCCACCCUCUGCUGCAAAGCAAUGAUUUGGUCAAGUAUUGCAAGGAGAAGGGCAUUCACAUCACUGCUUACUCAGCGUUUGGAAACAACAUGAUCGGAGAACCACUUCUUAUCUCUCAUCCAGAGAUCCAAGCUAUCGCUGGUCGACUAUCCGUGACACCAGCUCAGGUCUUGCUCGCCUGGUCUCAGAUUGGUGGACACAGUGUCAUUCCCAAGUCGGUCACUCCCUCUAGAAUCGUCGAGAACUUUAAAGAAAUUAAUCUACCUACCGAGGACGUUUCUGCAAUCAAUGAUCUGGGUAAACAGCCGAGGCGAUUCAAUACACCCUGUGCAUAUUACUCGCCACGGUGGGAUAUUAAUGUCUUUGGAGAGGAGUUGGAGAAGGGAGCGACACAUAAGGUCAUCCUGUAA